AUGCGAUGUGCGAUCUUCCGUGCCAGCUGCGACCGGUCGCAGUCGCCCGUAGCGACCCCAUUCCGCAAUCUUCUCUCCGCCACCAACAUGUCGUCGUCGCUCAUCACUGCGUACAAGGGUGUCGUCGUGCACUCGGUGCGCUUUGGCGUCCUCGAAGUCCUCGACGCCGGCCUCAUUGGCACGAACGCCCAAGGCAAGAUCCUGUUUGUGCACGACUUGGCCAAGACGCCGAUCGAGUCGAUUGCCUUUGACACGCUCGUCGACCAUGGCAAGAAGCUGCUCGUCCCCGGCUUUGUCGACGGUCAUGCGCACGCGCCGCAGUACUCGUUCCUUGGCGUCGGCAUGCACCUUCCGCUCCUCGACUGGCUCAACACGUACACGUUCCCGCACGAAGCCAAGUUUGCCGACCUCGCGUAUGCGACGAGCAUGUACACCAAGGCCGUGACGCGCCAUGUGCGCAAUGGCACGACGACGUGUUCGUACUUUGCGACCGUCCACCUCGAAGCGUCCAAGGCCCUCGCCGACAUUGUCGCGCGCAUUGGCCAGCGCGGGUACAUUGGCAAGGUCAACAUGGACCGCCACGCGCCGCCGUCGCUCGCUGAAACAACGUCGCAGUCGCUCGCCGACACGAAGGCGUUCAUCGAGCACGUCCUUGCCAAGAAAGAUGACCUCGUGACGCCAGUGAUUACGCCGCGUUUUGUGCCGAGCACGACCUCGGACCUCAUGCACGGUCUCGCCGCGCUCUCCAAGGAGCAGACGCCGCCGUUGCCGGUGCAGUCGCACCUCUCCGAGAACGGCAACGAAAUCGCGUGGGUCAAGGACCUCCAUCCCGACUGCGACAGCUACGCCGAUGUGUACCACCGCCACGGGCUUCUCCACGACCGGAGCUACAUGGCGCACUGCAUUUGGUGCAGCGGCGGCGAGCGGAAGCUCCUCAAGGAGACGGGCACCGGCAUUGUCCACUGCCCCAACUCGAACUUUUCGCUCACGAGCGGCGUUCUCAACGUGCGUCGGUGCCUUCGCGACGGCCUCAAGGUCGGCCUCGGCACGGACGUCUCGGCCGGCUACACGACGUCCAUGCUGGAUGCGGUCCGGAAUGCCGUCAUCGCCUCCAAGCUCGUGUCCAUGGGCCAUAGCAGCGACAACGAAGAAGAAGAAGCGAUCCAAGAAGACCCGCUCACGUUCGCCGAAGCCUUCCACCUCGCGACGAUCGGUGGCGCCGAGGUCCUCAACCUCCAAGACAAGGUUGGCAACUUUGUGCCUGGCAAGGACCUCGACAUGCUGGUCGUGGAUCUCAAUGCGGCCGACAGCCCCGUCGACGAGUAUGCGACCGACGACGCGCUGCAUCGUUUCCAGAAAUUUCUUUUCGUCGGCGACGACCGCAACAUCACCAGCGUUUAUGUGCGCGGUCGCCAGAUCCACGCGCGGUGAGCGCUAUCACCACC